GAUUCCUCAACAUCACAUGCUUUGUAAUGGCGGCUAUACGAUUUCUUAUUAGUAAAUAAACCACCGAACUGUGAUGUUCGAAGAUUUUUUGCAAUAAAUCAGCAGUAAUGUCUUCAUCAAUCGUUAUAGAACUACUGAAAAGUGUCAAUAAAGCAGCUUCACAAGACGAUUUUGUCAAUUUUUUGGGAAGUUCUUGUGGUAGAAAUUUAAUCCUAAAUAUUUUUAACAAAGGCGUAAAAGGAUUGGCAAACUUGAAGGAACUGAUUGAAUUGGUUGCAUAUACAAUACAAUUUCUUUUAGAUCGGAUAAAAGAGGAUGAACAAAAUAACUACGACCUAGAGUCUGUGGAACAAUGCUUUACAGUACCAAAGAAGGUUGCAAAACACGUUUUAUCGAAUAUACAAAAAGCGAAUGAUAAAGAUAAUGAUGAAAAUGUAUUACAUACUUCCAAUGGUUUCUUAAAAGACAUUGAGCUAUUCAGACUAAUUAACGAUUUAUUAAUUAUCUUAUGUAUCGAAGAAUGUUCAACUCACAAUGAAAAAGACACUAAAGAUUGUAUUUGUUUAAAGAUACUCAUUGAUUUCUACAAUUAUCUAGAACAAUGCAAGAGAAACAACAUUCUGCACAUCUUUCUCAGAACAUUUUUCAAAAUUUCCCGCGUGAUUAUUAAUUAUCAUUCAUCAAUGAAUUAUUGUACUUUUAAUCAAUUCGAAAAAAUUCUAAAAACUCUAAAAACACUUGGAGAAAUACAGGAUUUUUGUCAAGAAACAAUUAUUGGAUCAUUUUGGAUUUUAAAGAGCUUGUUAGAAUUUUCUGACGUUUCUUCAAUAACCGAUAUAGUAAGAUCUGCUCAUAAUUUACUUGACAAUUGGAAUAACUUGGAAGAAGCUAUGGACAUGCAUUUAUUUAAGAUAAUAUGUGGAUUUAUCAGCGAUUUGAAAAAGGCUAAAGUUGAAUUUUUACACGCUUGUCGAUGUAGUAGAAUCAAGCACAAAUCUUGUUUUAAACGUUAUUCACAUUUUACGCAUCAUCAUCACGAAAUUCUUAGUAUCUAUGAUGAUUGUAUUAUAAAGAGAUUAUCCAUUCUACUUAUUUGUUUUUUGAAUAAGUGCGAUGAUUUAGCUCUUACAAUAACGAUUGGAGAAAUAAGAAAAUGUGGCUUAUGCUGUUGCUUAUCUGUGGAGAAUCUAACUUGCAUUUUAGACAAGAAUAAAGAAGAUAGUCAACUAUUAAUUAAUUGGAUAGCCAACACUGUACUAUACGAAUUAGGUGGAUAUGAUGCCGAAUAUUCUUUCUGUUCAAAAUGCCAAAAAUCAACGUUAGAUCGUUGGAAUUCCUUAUCAAAGUUAAUUAAUUACACUGAUCCAAAGAAUACUACAUUGAAAACGGAUAAUUUUAAAAGAAUUGACCUAACAAAAAUAGAAGAUUUAGUUAAAUACGGAAGUGACAAUUUAAUAAAAAGUUUAUUGGAAAAUAUUUAUGCACAAAUCGUUAAAGAAUCAGGAUUAAAUUUUCACGAUAGAAUUCUUAAUCAUAUUCUCAACGUAUUUGUUCUCUGCCAAAAAAAUUUAAAAUUAUGUGACUUUUUCCUUGAUAAAAUUGGAGUACGAAUAUUUCAAUUGAAUAGCUCGUGUCUGAAUUUAGUGUUCAAAUGUUUCCUCAAAAUAAUCUCUAUAAAAAAGAACAACGUUCAAGAUAUUGCUGAAAUUAUCUUUAAAGUAACAAAAAAACCAGGAUUAACUACUGAAGAAUCUACAGAAUUAUGGAAAUCAGUUCAUCUAUUAAUAUAUUAUAAUGAAAAUGCAAGAAACCUUUUUGUUAAAGGUAACGGAACGCGAGAUGCUCUUGAUACAGCUAAAUCAUGCAUUGAAAAAUUCGAAACUGAUAAAAACGAAGAUUUAGUUUCAAACUUUUCUAUUGCCUUUGCAUGUUCUGUUCUAUCAUGCUUAGGGUUCCCCUCGGCUAAAGGUCAUGUUGUAUCGGAAAUACGCAAAGCAUUGAAGUCCAAUUUAAAGACAUUACAAAAGAAAUUAGUAUGCGAUCAUCUCUUUCAUCUUAUACUUCUGAAAGAAUUGAAUAACAAAUCCCAGCCAAAAUUCCUUCCACCUACAGAUGCUAGUCAAAUAAAAUUUCAAACCAAAAAGAAUUAUGAUGAUGGCAGCGAUUACGAUGAAUCAUUCUCAAAUGAUACAGCCUCAUAUUUGGAAUUUUCUAUCGAACCGAUCAAACUUAUUCAUUUUGAAUUUAUUGAACUUUGUUUGACCUUAUCCGAUUCUCAUGAAAAUGAUUAUGAUCAAUAUGUGCUAAUGAAAAUAAGAGAGUUAAUUAGAAAUUCCAAGUCGAUAAGAACUUAUUAUAUUGAGAACAAUCUACCAAAAUUGCUAUUAGACAAAUACUUGCAAGUUGACGACGAUGAUAUUCGAAGAGAAUGCUUGAAUGUUUAUAUGGAACUAAUUAUUGAAGAUAUGAAUUCUUAUUUAUUAUCCGAGUUUAUUCGAUUAUUAUUUCAUAAAACUACGAAAAACAUUGACCCAUUUUUGGAUAUACUUUUAAAACAUUCAGAUUUUGAACAAUCACCAUCGUUUUAUCUUCAGUUUCCAAUGAUUAAAUUAAAGGAGACGGAGCCGAACCAAACUGAAAUAAGUCCAAGUGAUUCAAGUAUUCCACAAAUGUUCAAGGAAUCAUCGACGUGUUUAAAAGUUGAGGAAAAAAUCAUUUGGCCUUCUGUUGGUUCUGAUUGGUCAAUAUCAAUUUGGAUUGCAUUUCAUAAAGAAUUGGAAAGUAAGAUAGACUGUAAGGAAAUGUUUAUUUUUAGUUUUGGAAGUGAAAAUUUUAUAAUUGAAAUAUGGUGGAAUGUUCAAAAGAUGAGAAUUUUUUACAAAUUUAUAUAUAAGGAAAAUUCAGAAAACUUUGAAUUAAAAUAUAACUUACAAUCUAAUGGAAAAUGGAAAAAUUAUUGCUUUUCAUAUUUUGAAAGAAAUGUAGACAAAGUUAAAGAAUUUACGCUGAUAUUAUUUGUUGAUGGAAAAGAAGUUGACAAAGUUACAAGCUGCUAUACAAACAUAACAAAUACCUCAAUAAGUCAAUUUCUAAUCGGGCAUUGUCUCCAAUCGCCCAUUGAUUCAAUUAUUACAACUUCUACCUAUCAUCUAAGUACAUUAAUGUUCUUUCAAGAUGUAACACUAAGCAAAGAAAAAGCAAUGUUUAUGUAUAUUUUGGGGCCAAAUACUGAUAACUUGUUCGAAUGCGACAAUUUACAAACAAAUAUUGGAUUUGUACAUUCUGUUUUAGUAAAACAUAUUUUGGAAAGUGGCUUAGAUGUUGAAGGAGUUUUGGAAAGGAUAAAUGAUAAUUAUCACAUUUUAAGGAAACACGUUAAAUUGAUAUACAACGCUCGUUGUCCAAAAUCCUAUUGCCUUCUAAAUGUGCCGGACCCGAAUCCACUUCCUUUUGCUUCUAAUUCAAUAGAUAAAGCAAUUAUGGAGCAUCCGUUAGAACUACAAGCCGAUACUGUUAUGUUGGAGAGUAAACGGUCGAAUUCUAUUGAAGAGUCGCUGAUUUGUAUUGGUGGAGCAGAAUUAUUAUUAUUUUUAUAUGCCAAGACUGUAGAAAUGUCGAACGAUUCCCAGAGUCAGACGAAAAGCUUGCAAUUAUUACUGGAAAUUGCUAAACGUAGUCGAACAAUUGCCAAAGAAUUUGACGGAUUGUCAAGUUAUGAAUUACUAAUAAAAGUUUUCUCAACUGAUUUAUUUAUCAUGUCAGCUGAUUUUUUAAAGAUUCUUAUGGAUGCUGCUUAUAAUGAAUCAGUUAUUAUUAUAAAAGAAACGCUUACAGUUAAAAAUUCGACCAGUUUUUGCGUUUUGGACGCUCGUAUUGUAACAGAAAUAUUUCUAGCUUGGAAAUUAUGGAUUCAAUACGAAGAUUUAUGGAUUUAUGCUUUAAAGUCAAUCGAAAUUCUUCUUGACGAUACGAAUAGAUGUAAAAUAUAUAAUGUUAAAAUGUUGAGCGAAUUAGAAUUCUUGGAAAAAUUAAAAAAUAUGUGUUUAGAGUGUAAACAAGAAGCUGAUUUUAAGAGUUUCUUCUCACCAAAUAUUUGCCAACUUCUAAUUUCUAUAUUUAGAAAAAUAUUAAGGGCCGUAAGCGAUGUACAUGCAGUGGUAACCAUUGCCGAUCUACUCCUACUUUUACACCCUGCUGCACUAACUUACGUUCAACAUUCCCCCUCUGGUUUUUACUUUAAUCCUAGCUGGCUAAGAAGGAAGUCGAUAAGAAGAAGUGAUCGAAUAUAUAUUUAUUCAACUUCGUCUUCAUGUUCAACACUUAAACAGUCGAAUGACCAUAAUCAGAACUUGGAAGAUCCUGAAAUUGAGAAUAGGACUCCUUCGUCAAAUUCAGCUAACACUAGUAGUACUGGUUCCGAAUGGGAGCUAUUACCAAAUGCAGAGUCUACUCAAUCAGUUACGGUUAACAUUAAGAAAACACCUGGCGAGGUUCACGUACCGGAGGAGGAAGAUAUUGGUUUAGUACAACUGUGCUCUGGAUUGUUAGAAGCUGUCGAUGAUGUACUUUAUUCUAUGGAUAAGAAAGAUGUAGAAAGAAUAUUCAAAGUAGUUGUUAAAGCUGAUUUUAUAAUAAUUCUCGCUCAGCAUUCUGCUGAUUGUGUUAGACUUACUGCUUGUAAGCUUAUGAAAACGUUUCUGAAAAUGGCCAAUUGCGCCCAAAUUGAGAAGCUUAGAGAGCAAUACGCUUUCCAACUAUUAGCUUUCCAGUUACAUCAACACAAUGUUUGCAGUCGUAUAGUGGAUUGUCUAUUAUCAAUUUGCUUUGAAAGGGAUUUAACUCUAUAUGAACUAUAUUCAUCCCCGAAUUUAGUCAAUAAUAUUACACUCCAUGAAAUAUCAAUCCAUUCUUUAAUCGCUUACAUUGCUCUACUGGAAAAUUGCUGUACAGAUAAUCCUAAAUUAUGUUGUAAUAUGCUGGACGUUUUAUCAACUGUAUUACUACCGAAAAAGCCUAUAUAUAAUCUGCUAAGAACUAAUUUUCUAUGCACGGUAUUAUGUAACGUGCUCUACAAAGCUACAAGUUUUUGCGAAAAUGAUAAAAUAUUCGAUUCAGUUGGAAAUUGUUUUCGAACUAUCAUACUACUCGAUUUUAACGAAGACGAUCCCAAAACAUUGUGUCUUUUUAAAGAAAUAAUAACGCUUUUAAGAUCUCUAAUAGAAAAAGCUACUGAGAAUAGAGUUAUUUUUGAAAGAAUUAUUUGCAAUUGUUUCCUUCACGUGUUUGAGUUCUGUAUGGAUUUAAAAUUAAAACUUGAAAAGAAAAACGAUGUAGACGUUGGCAAUCACGCUCAACGUUUAUUAACAAUAAUAGUAUUUGCUACGGAAUAUAUUGUAUAUGAUGAUUUAAGUUACGAAGAUAAAUUCGAAAGAAAGUAUACUUGUGAUCAUACAAAGCUAACUAAAUAUUUCUUACAAUUCCUUUUAAAGUAUACACACAUUUGUUUAAAGCGAUUUAGUCCGUUCCAUUCCAAAAAUUCUCUCAAAGUUUUAUACGACAAUAAAGACGUUGUAUUUUCACAACUCUCUACAUUGAUUGGACAUAUCUUAAAAACAAGUAAUGAUCACACAUUGAGCCUACACUCCUUACAACUACUUGCCAAUGAUCUCCACAGUCGAAGUAUUUUACAGAAUAUAUCAAGUUUACAACAAUUAGGUCAAAAGAUGAUGUCAUAUAUCACAAAUAUUUUGGAAUCUUUUGAUCGAAUCAAAUUAACUCAGGCAACUUGUGAAGAAUUGGAAGAAAUCUCUGGAUGGCUGAAGCGAAACUUUUAUAUCGCAAAAAAUCAAACUCAAGAAAUUUCAACAAAAAAACAAGAAGUUUUUGAAGAAAAUUGUCGAUCUGUUAUCGAUAAAUAUCAGAGAGCGAUUGAUGAACAUUCAACAGAAUUAUCAGAUCAAGCAAUGCAUGUAACUCAAAGAGUUGUUAACGAACAAAACAAAUUGAGAAAACGAUUAUUAGCCUCUAUAAAAAUCAGUUUAUCCGCUCAAGUUUUGUCUAGAAUAAGAUGGCAAAGGAUCGUUGAUGAUCUGAGCCAUGAGAGGGCUUCUUGCUACGCCGAGCAUAUAUACCCAAUGUCCUGGGAAUUAGACCCGACGGAAGGACCGAUGAGAGUUAGAAAAAGGUUAAAGAGGUGCUCGUUAGGUGUUAACAAAAGAUUUUUGUUGGAUGAUGAACGAUGGAAAUUAGAGGAAUUGAGAUGCAAACAACCUUUAUCUUACCUGUUUGAAACUCAAACCUCAGAUUCAGAAGCAUUAAUCUAUCAGCUACAUACUAAUGAAAAGUUGUCAUUAACUGCACGAUGCUUGCAUGUUCAACCUGCAAGAGAGGUAAAUGGAGAGCUUCUUCUGGGAGAAAAAUCUCUCUAUUUUAUCGGAGACAAUGUUCAAUCAAUAACUUUACCGUUUGACGGUAUUAAAAGCGUUCUUAAAAGACGGCACGCUCUAAGAGAUGUUGCAUUAGAAGUAUUUUUAAUCGACGGAACAACUUGUCUCUUCGCUCUGAGUACAUCAAGUGAAAGAGACGAAGUAGUAAAUAAUUUAUUAAUGAAUGAACUGCCGAAUCUAAUAACAAUAGAGAACAUCGAUCAAGUACAAAAGAUGUGGAAUGAAAGAGAGAUAACGAAUUUUGAAUAUUUAAUUCACUUGAAUACUUUAUCAGGUAGAAGUUACAACGACUUAAUGCAAUAUUUUGUCUUUCCAUUCGUUUUAUCAAAUUACGAUGAAGAGAUAUUAGAUCUAAAGGAUUCAAAAAAUUAUAGAAUCAUGGCCAAGCCCAUAUCUGUUCAAUUUAAGGAAUGCGAAGCCAAAUACCUACAAACUUAUAAAUAUUUAGAGAAACAAUACGAAGAAAUUUGCCAUUUAGGUUCUAAAUUCGAAGAUGAAGCCUUUCGACCGAAACCUCAUCAUUACGGUUCACACUACAGUAAUUCAGGAACAGUUCUUCACUUUUUAGUUAGAUUACCUCCCUUUACACAAAUGUUUCUAGAAUAUCAAGAUAAUAAUUUUGAUUUGCCGGAUAGGACUUUUCAUUCAAUGGCUACUUCGUGGAGACUAUCCGCAUCUGAUUCAACAACGGACUUCAAAGAAUUAAUACCUGAGUUUUUCUUUCUACCUGAAUUUUUAAUGAAUAAGGAAGGUUUUAAUUUUGGAGUUCGUCAAAAUGGUACUUCAGUUUCAUCUGUAGCCUUACCGGAUUGGUGCGAAAAUAAUGCUAGAUAUUUCAUUAUGAUACUUCGACAGGCUUUAGAAUCAAAUUUUGUCAGUUCAACUAUAUCAAAUUGGAUUGAUCUUGUUUUUGGUUAUAAACAAACAGGUAAAGCAGCUGUUGAAGCUAUAAAUGUCUUUCAUCCAAUGACUUAUUAUGGUGUAAAUUUUGAGAGUAUCGAAGAUACUAUGAAAAGAAUAGCCGUUCAAACAAUGAUUAAGACUUAUGGCCAAACUCCAAAACAGUUAUUUAUAUCACCGCACGUUUCACCAAAGAUUCCAAAUGAGAUAUUAUCCAUUCUUGAUCCUCCAUCCGCUCUUCCCGGCGUCUGUGGUAUUAAGUGGGGAAAGUAUGUUGGAAGUCCCGAAUAUCCUCCUCCUGUUGAAAUAUGGAGAAAGUUUUAUCAAACUCCAGUUGAACAUUUGGUUGCAUCUGUCACUGGUCAAGUUUUCGGAUUAGAGAAAUAUUCGAGUUUAGUGACGAAAUAUAGUAAAAAAGAGAAGACUAAAGAAGAACUUUGGGCAGCUCUGGUGCUAUGGAAUAAUGUUGAUAGCGUUCUAAGAAUAACGAAAAAGCGAAAACUACCUCCUGUUAAUUUAGUACAAUGGCAAAUAGGUGGUGCAAGGCCAACUUGCUGUGCCGCGGUACAUCCUUGUAGAUUAUUACUAUUCGGAACGGAUACAGGACUAAUAUGUAUCUUUAAAAUAAGGUUAGUCGCCAUACUAUAAUUAGCACGUCUUUUUUUAUCGUUUCUCCAUUAAUAGAUAUACAACGGGAAAUGCUAGUUGUAUACAAGUAAGAGGUGGUUCAGAACUAUUAAAGUUAUAUGGACAUUCGAAAAAAGUUAAUCAAAUACAAGCUUGUUCCGCUUUUUCAAUAUUUGCUAGUUGUAGCGAAGAUAAAACAAUAAUUAUAUGGGAUUUGAAUAAGUAGGCUUACAAUUUUUUCCAAAUUAAACCCUAAGACUUAUCAGUUUCUUUUUAUCUUUUUCUAUUAGAUUAAUUUAUGUAAGAUCCAUACAAACUCACGAAUGUCCUGUUCAUGUAUUGGCAAUUAGCGAAACACUUGGUGAUAUUGCUACAGCUAGUUAUCUACCGGAUGGUAGAAGUGAUCUUCAAGUUCAUACAAUUAAUGGUGAACUAGUUGGUAAAGUUAAAACAGAUGAAAAAAUAACAACAAUCACCUAUUCGAAAACACCCGAAGGUCAAUCCGUUAAUGCCAUUGUUUGUGGAUUUAGUAACGGAUUAAUAAGAUUCUAUUCUAGUUGGACUGUCAAAUUAAUAAGGGAGCUAGGAGUAUUAAGAAAUUCAAUAUCAUCUUUGGCAUACUCGGCCGAUUCGCAAAUUUUAUUUGCAAGCUGUUCAGACGGCCUAGUUUUGGCUUUCGAUAACUCUGGACACAAUGGAAAAAAUGUAAAAUUUAAGACGCUUUUAAAGGAAUCUUUUAAAUUGUACACUUGAAUGAUAAAAAAAGAAAACAAAGAGGAAGAGCUUAGUAUGAACACAAAAAAAUAAUAAAAAAAGACACUUAUAAUAAAUAAAGUCUCCUCCUUAUUAAACAUAUAUAAUAUACAUUUUGUAUGUACUAUAUAAACUUAUCAACAUAUUUAUAAGAUAAGCUAUAUACGGUAUAUAUGUUUAAUUACAAUUAUUU